GCUUUCUCGCCGACAGCCUUCGAUUGCGACGCCUCAAACAUUCCCUUGCACAUUUCUGAACCUUUGCCAAUCCAAAACGCAACAUGUCGUGCGACGCCUGCAAGAGCGGAUUCAAGUGGAACGGCCAGUCGGUCGGUAAGGAGACGACGCUCAACAAGGCCAAUGCCUACGUGACGGGCGACAACAAGGACGUUGCUAUCCUCAUCGUAACCGACAUCUUCGGCUGGACGCUUCCCAACAUCCGCCUGAUUGCCGACCACUACGCGCAAGAAGCCAAUGCAACCGUCUACGUUCCUGACUUAUUCGAAGGCGAAGUCGUCGACCCGGACGCGCUGUCAGACCCAGAAAAGCAGAAGAACUUCGACGUGGGCGCCUUCAUCGGGCGCCACAGCCGCGACAUCCGCUGGCCCGCCAUCAAAGAGCACGCGCAGACGCUGCGGUCGCAGUACAAAAAACUCGGCGUCAUUGGCUUCUGCUACGGCGCGUGGGCCGCCUUCCAGCUAGGCGCCGACCCCUCUCUCGUCGACGCCGUCGCCGUCGCACACCCGUCACUCCUCGAAAAACAGGACCUCGAUAACAUCAAGGUGCCCGUCCAGAUCCUCAGCCCCGAACACGACUUUGCAUACACCCAGGAGCUCAAGGAGUAUACCUUUGUCGCGCUGCCCAAGACGGGCGUCCAGUGGGAGUACAUUUAUUUCCCUGGCCUUGUCCAUGGAUUCGCGGCGCGUGGCGAUCUCAAUGAUCCCAAGCAGAAGCAGGGCCUGGAGCGCGCAAAGAGGAGCGUUGUUAACUUUUUCAAGGAGUUUUUGCACUAGAAUGCCCAAGUGUAGUUGCUGCUUUGCUGGCUUUGAUGCAUAGUUGAAUCCGAGUAUAUU